AUGGAACUCAGUGCCGAGUACCUGCGGGAGAAGCUGCAGGCAGAGCAUGUGGAAGUCGAGGAAAAGACUCCCAACCGUUGUGCGUCCAGCUUCCGAGUCCUGGUGGUGUCGGCCAAGUUCGAGGGGAAGCCACUGUUUCAGAGACACCUGCUGGUGAACACGUGCCUAGCGGAAGAGCUUCUGCACAUUCAUGCCUUUGAGCAGAAAACCCUGACCCCUAGAACAGUGGGCCCGUGAGCAGCAGAAAUAAGAGACCAAGGCCUGCACAGCCAUUAAAUUAUGAAUCAG